AUGUCAAGCCCAGAAUCCUUAACAAUGUUAGUGUUUGGGGUUUACGAGGGCGAUCGGAUGUCCAUAGACGUCCCUAUAGGGGCGAGCGUUGGAGAAGCAAAAAAGAUGUUUCAAGAAAUAUUUGGCAUAUAUGUUGACGAUUUCAGUAAAAAAGACCGCAAGGUCGUCGUGUUACAUUACAGCGGUAGUGACCUAGAGGAAGGAUGGUGCUUUACGGAUCUCGGAAUUCCUCCAGGGUCAACCAUCAAAAUACACAUGAAGGAGGAGAUCAAACCAGUAUUAUUUGUACAUUGUACUUAUAACGAUGAAAUUAUCGAUAUUGUGGAUAAAACACUCGUCGUACACACGAUGAAGGUAGAGGAUCUCCGGACAAUUGUUGGUAAACGGACUGGCAUCCCCGUGUCUAUAUUUCGCUUAGUGAACAAUGAUGGCCAAGAAAUGUACGACGGUCACGAGCUGUACAACUACAAUGUAGAAGCAGGAAUGACAUUAAAAAUGGAAAACUGGGAUGGUUGGAACGAAUUCAUUAAUCUGUGUAUAAUGGGAUUUACACCACAAGUUCUCGCCCAGAUUCCUACGGACGAAGUCAUCUCCCGCUUUCAGAUGAAAGUGGCUCUCUUUAUUGCGGCCCAUUACGGUUGUGUUGAUUUGGCGCGAAGCCUUAUUCGUCAGGGUGUGCGAGCCGACGAACACAUCGGAGAACAUCCGAAUAGACAGUGGUGCAACGAGAAGUCUCACAUGGAGACCAAAAAAGCCCCGAUUCACGAGGCGACAGAAAAUGGACAGCUCGGAGUGGUACGGUUGUUUGUCAAUCACGAUAUCACUGUAGUUAUGGCUAAAGAUGGUAAUGACUUGAAUGCUCUUAACAUUGCGCUUCGAAAAAAACAGAAGCCGUGUGCAUCAUUCUUGUUAACUCGACAAUGGACGAAGGUCCCCGUAGGUAAAUUCGGUUCCAUCACCGUUCAGAGUUUGCGAAAAAUCAAGUCAUGGUCCAUCCGUGCUAAAGAAAGAGCUUUUGCUAAAUAUGGACAAACACGAUCGACAUUGAAGAAACGAUCAUACACGUGUGGAGCUUUAGUUAGCUACGGUCAGCCAGUGGUGAAUGGUUUCACACCGAGCCCCAUGACCGGUAAACCUAAAACUGAAAUGAAAGAAAGAGAAAAACAGAAGUCCAUUGAUACUUUCCACGAAGUCUACGGCAUCAAUGGUGAUCCUGAAAACUACUUCCGGCAGAUGGGAUCUCUUGCAGGUUUAAGGAACCUUAACCGAAGACGGAACACGAAGUGGGGAGCUAUGAUCGAUCGAUCUGAUGUUGCUGUUCAACUUGCAGGGGGAUUGAGCAACGCAAUUGAAAACGAUUUAGAAACGGAAACAGCAUAUUCCGUUAAAGGCCAAGGGGGCAAAACUCUAGCAGAAUCAGUGAUAUCAGAAGCGGACAUUCGACCAAACAAAGGUAAACGACAACACGGAUAUGGAAGCUCUAUAGACCAGGUGGCCGAAUACAAUGCUAAAACAACUUUCGCAAACAAAAACGUCCGCGGCGGAAGUAAAGCAGAGCACCCUCUUGAUGACGACAUAGGUGACCCAAAUACCAAAUUGCCUCCCUUGUCACACAGGGGAAAAAUACACGGUGGUAAGGAUACUAUCAAGGAGGAGGAUGAAGGCGAGAUGUCUGACAGCAGUAUAGAUAAAAAGUACAAAGCAAAGUAUAUCCAGACUCCUAUCAACAAAAAACCUGAAAAGUCUGCCAAAUCAAUACCAAGCUUACGGGGAGGUGGUGGGGAGAAAUCCAAAAUGGCUCUUAAUGCGGAAACACCGGCAUCCCCGCGAAGUGUUGCAGAAAAAUCCGAAAAGUCAGACAAGAAAUCAAAGAAGAAGAAUCGUAUCACUUCGUCGGUGUUGUUGUCAAAAGCAAAGGCUGCGUCGGAAGGAGCAGUUCCUUUGCCACUCAUCAGCACGGAAAACAUCAGCAGACCUUUCUUUUAUCACAGGGGUUUACGUGAGGAAGAUGUCGUGCAGCCAAUCUUAGACCUUGUAUCAAAAUACCAAGGGUCGACAUCACGUGACCGUGCCAUCAAAUCAAUGACUAUCGCCAAUACGUUCAAGGAAAAGGCCUGGCUCAGUCAAAUUCGGAUGGCAAUGGCCCUUACAACACACACCAUUCGGCGGUCUGUCGCCAACUGA